AUGGCAGCCUAUGAAGGGAGAACACUGGGGAGCCUGGUAGACCAGGAAGGAGAGGUGGCCAUACAGGAGGCCGAUGGCUUAGGGCCAACGCACGGCCCUGUCACUGGGCAGCCCAUGCAGCUCACCGGAUCGGCCAUCUCAGCAAUGGACUCUUUUGAGAACUAUGAGACUACAGUGCUUCCUCAGGCUUCUUUCCAGUUCCAAGGACUCGAAGAGUUUUUCACAAUCUCCCCAGAUGACUCAAUCACAGAUAUAUAUGACCUUGACUUUUUGUUCUCAGAUGUCGGUGAGGACAACCAUCAAGACCAUACCCAAAAACCGGUCUCAAGCUACAGUCCCUCCGAGCUCUGCUGUCCAAGCUCGAUGCAAGAGGAACCGAUGUCCACACCGACCAACCCUUGCCAGAUGACAGAAGAGAAGAGGACCGAGGCAGAGGAGGGGCCGUGCAACAAAUGGAGAAGAAUCAGGAAGCCGUGCGUGGAGAAAAGAGUGCAGAUUCGGAAAACACCGCAGAUCACUCUGGAUCCAGUGCCCGAGAGGAAGAGAACAGCGCCCAUUAACCCCGCAUACACCAUCCGAAAGUCCCGAGCUACCAGCAGCGUGCACCUGAGACCGUGCAGGGAGAGGGUGAUUCACCUGCUGGCCCUGAAGGACUACAGGAAACCCGAACUGCUCAUUCGCCUUCAGAAGGACGGCGUCACCGAAAACGACGUCAGCUCGCUUGGAGACCUUCUGCAGCAAGUGGCCAAUGUGAACCCUCAGACUUCUUCAUACACCCUCAAAGAUGACGUUUUCCAGGAGCUCCAGAAAGACUGGCCUGGCUAUAGCGAGCUAGAAAGGCAGUCCCUGGAGCUGGUGCUCUCCCGCAGAGUACAGGGGUUGCAGAGUGCCGAAGGUGCCAAGGGCCCAGAAGCUUCUACGUGUCCCCAAGCCGAUGCAGUGGCCUCCCAGGAGCACCUGUUCACCGCGGCCACUGUGCACUUGGCGAGGAGGAAGAUCCGAAUAUCUCGCCUGGCGCGGGUCCCGGCCACGCAGGGAACCCUAGGUGGCCGCGGGAACGACCCCACUCCGUCGCCGCGUUCCGAAGCCGCCGCCGCCGCGGCCCCCGCCCGGGCCCCGGCCCCGCCGGCGCCCUUGCCGCGCCCCGCAGGGUCACAGCCGCCCGGGCCGGCGACACCCAGCAGCAGCGGCAGAGCCUGCAGCGCCGCCGCAAGACCCGCGCCCCGAAACGCGCGCGGCCACCGGACUCGCAUAUCUAAGAUCUUCAGGAGCCACCGCGGGAGACAGGUCGCCGUGAAGACGUUCCCCUCUCUUUCCAUUCAGUUUACCUACCCAGAGAGCAUGCAGGGGAGCCAGGCGACGACGCAGGACCACCAGAGUGACGGGCCGUGGGGACAGGUCAGCGAGCCCAGGGGCCAAGGCCGCGCAGGUGCGCACCGGGGCUGCAGCGCUCCCGCAGGGGCCCGGGCGGCGCCCGAGGUCCCCAGGUACCUGGCCACCUAUGUCACCAUCGUCUCCCCCGAGCAGCGUCAGCGCUACGAGCAGGACUUCCGAGCAGAGUACGAUGACUACCAGGCCUUGUACCACAAGAUGCUGUCUCUGUCCAGCAUCUUUAUUGACCUAGAUACGCAGAGGAAGCGCUUUCCUCCAGAGUCGAAAGAGUAUCAGGAGAUCAACGAAACAAUCUCGCUAGAAUACCAGAAGAUGAAGCAGAGGAAUCCGAACUAUUGCGCAGAAAAACAAAAGUGCCAGGAUCUUUAUGACAAGCUGGUCCACAUCAAAAGAUUGGUGAAUGAGUAUGACCAGAAGCACAGAGGAUCACAGCACUAG